AGAGAUGCUCUUAGUGAUCUUGCAUUACACUUUCUGAAUAAAAUGAAGAUUAUGGUGAUUAAAGAUAUUGAAAGAGAAGACAUUGAAUUCAUUUGUAAGACAAUUGGAACCAAGCCAGUUGCUCAUAUUGACCAAUUCACUGCUGACAUGCUAGGUUCUGCUGAGUUAGCUGAGGAGGUCAAUUUAAAUGGUUCUGGCAAACUGCUCAAGAUUACAGGCUGUGCAAACCCUGGAAAAACAGUUACAAUUGUUGUUCGUGGUUCUAACAAACUGGUAAUUGAGGAAGCUGAGCGCUCCAUUCAUGAUGCCCUGUGUGUUAUUCGCUGUUUAGUGAAGAAGAGAGCUCUUAUUGCAGGAGGAGGUGCUCCAGAAAUAGAGUUGGCCCUACGAUUAACUGAAUAUUCACGAACAUUGAGUGGUAUGGAAUCCUACUGUGUUCGUGCAUUUGCAGAUGCUAUGGAGGUCAUUCCAUCUACACUAGCUGAAAAUGCUGGCCUGAAUCCCAUUUCUACAGUAACAGAACUAAGAAACCGGCAUGCGCAGGGAGAAAAAACUACGGGCAUUAACGUCCGAAAG